AUAUAGCUAUAGUAUGAGCCACGGGGUUGAAUAUAAAAAUGAAUAAUAAAAACAAAAAUGUUCUUGUUUUUGACCAGACGCAAACCCUGAAUAAGACUGCUACCUGAUCAGCCUCCAUUUUGCUCACUUUAAAGUUUUUAGUUAUCGGCCUCACGGGUCUCUCUUCUCCCAAUUCCCCCAUAUAUCUCCCCUUCUAAAAACCCUUACCGAUCACAAAUCGAAGAAACCAACCCAAGCAUAUACACCCACUUAGCAAUGGCUUUCCAUCUCACCGCCAAGGACAAGAAAAGAAGCUUGGAUCAAAAAGUCCUUUUAUGCUGCAAAUACUACGUUUCUGAAUCGCGCAAUCGUUCUGUACUAGAGGCCAUCGAGGGAGCUGCAAGAGAAGACCCAGAUUCUGUUAUUGUAAACAAAUUCGAAGACGGAGCUUACAACAGAACAAGGUACACCAUCGUCUCUUACGUCGUUCACGACACCACAGGCAACGCCAUUUACAGCCCAUUGCUCCAAACCGUACUGUCUAUGACCCAAGUUGCUUUCUCUCAUAUUAAUCUCGAGUCUCAUUCCGGUACUCACCCUCGGCUUGGAGUCGUAGAUGACAUCGUUUUUCAUCCCCUGGCUCGAGCCUCCCUCCACGAAGCCGCUUGGCUAGCUAAGGCAGUCGCUAAGGAUAUCGCUGCCAUGUUUCAAGUGCCUGUAUUUCUUUACUCUGCGGCUCACCCAAGUGGGAAAGCGCCGGACGAUUUGAGGCGUGAGCUUGGGUAUUUCCGGCCAAAUUACAAGGGGAAUCAAUGGGCUGGGUGGUCGAUGCCGGAAACUUUGCCGGAGAAUCCUGAUGAAGGUCCAAAUACAGUAUCUCGAGAGCGAGGAAUCACGAUGAUUGGAGCGCGUCCGUGGACGGCAAUGUAUAAUAUUCCAAUUCUGUCGACGGACGUGUCAGCAACACGGAGAAUAGCGAGGAUGGUGAGUGGGAGAGGAGGUGGAUUGCCGACGGUGCAAACGAUAGGGCUUCUUCACGAUGAUGAGACCACGGAGAUAGCUUGUGUUCUGUUGGAGCCGAAUCAGGUUGGAGCAGAUCGAGUUCAGAGACAUGUGGAGAUUGUUGCGGCCCAAUUCGGGUUAGAAGUUGAGAAUGGAUAUUUUACUGAUUACUCACCAGAGAUGAUUGUUGAGAAAUAUUUGAAUUUGAUUUCUGGCACCCAAAGUCUAUCGGGAAAUCGUUUGAACUAACAAUGAUUUGUGUAUUGAGAUUCAGAUUUUGUAAUAAAACAUAAAUUGGAUAUUUCGAUAAAGUUCUAAAUUUCCAAAAUAUAUGUGUGUGUGUGUGUGUGAUAUGUCUGAACUUUUGGCCUUUUCAAAAGCUGUAAUAUUUAUUAUUCGGUGGAAUGAACUUUAGAUAAAAACGUGGUGAUAA